AUGCAAUUACCCAAGGCUAAUUCUGAUCUAGUAAACCAGAUGAACAAGCUUAUUCAAACGCGAACAGGUAAGACAUAUUUCAACUGGGUGAAAGGCCAUAGUGGUAUCUACCAGAAUGACCAGGCAGAUCAUUUUGCCUAUCUUGAUUCGCAAAAACCAUAUGUGCAAUCCACCCUAGUAUAUAUUUCGAAGAAAACUAUUGAUACCUAUUUUUCUGGAGCAGAAAAAAAAUCUGAUAAUUUCAUGAGUACAACCGAUUCGUAUAUUGAAGAGUUUAUUCGUAUUCUUCAAAUAUUAGAGCAGGAUUGCGAUGAGGAAAGGCUAGUCAUAACC